AUAUAAAUGCUUUCUUCAAAGACCUCCAUGCUUUCCCUGCCUGGUGCGCGCGUGCAUGCAAGCCGUGCCGCAGCUCCACGUCGCCUUGCACUGGCUCCGCGUGCUCUCAAGGUCGGGGACCAGCUGCCUGACUUCAAGCUUCCCUCGGACAACGGGAGCAUGAUCUCCAGCAAGGACAUGGUUCGCGACCACGGCGCGGUCCUGUUCAUCUACCCCCAGGCCUGCACCAGCGGCUGCACGCUGCAGGCCAACGGCUUCAAGGCCAACAUACGCGCGCUGGCGGACAGGGGGUACGCCGUGUACGGACUCAGCGCGGACGAGCCGGCGGCGCAGGCGGGCUGGAAGGCGGAGCACAGCCUGCCCUUCCCGCUGCUGUCUGACACCGACAAGCAGGUGCUGGGUGCCCUGGGUGCGCUCAAGCCCGACCGCGGCAUCACUCGCUGCCACUUCGUCAUCGCCAAGGGCGGCAAGGUGGAGGACGCGCAGAUCGGCAUCGGCAGCAAGGACUCGGUGCCCGUGGCCGUGGCCUUCGUGACCGGCAAGUGAGGGGUCGUGGCCUUCGUGAUCAGCAAGCCAGGCAGAGGUGUGUGUAUGUGUGUGGAGGGCUAAGGUUGGAAUGAUGGGCGGCAGCAGCCGCGACGGCAGGAGUCGCACCCCGCAGCGGCAGCCGACUGCAGCAGGUGCGGCGGGACAAGCCCGAGGAGAAGCCCACGGCAUGGGGGCAUGGAAUGGCAGGAGCUGGGGCUAGGGCUGGGCGCGGGAAGUGGCCAUGCGGGCAGCUAGCGCGCCCGCGGAGGAUGAGGAGGCCACGGCCUGGCAGGCCGCUGGUGGCAGUGCGUCCAUGUCAUGGCGGCAGCGGCUGCUGGUGCUGCCGCGGACUGGAGUAGAGAGCUGUGAGCGGUGAGCCAAAGAGUGGUGAGCGACGGGGAUGGGGGGGGCAUGUUGAGCGCAGUCCGGAGGUCUGGGAUACGGGACACAAAGAGAGUGGCGUGCUCAGGACGUGUCUGUUCUGCGUGUGUGUUUCGGGAAGGCUGUUAGCGUGCGCGCCAUGUUGUGUGCAUAACAUGCCGCUGCACGCGCUCGAAGUUCGUGACGAGCAUUGCGUUUAAACUCGAAGAGCCGAUCGACUGGAAUGCACUGGAUUGCCCAGGUGCAAGCAGACCAGCGCGGCACGUGUAAGGGCAUGCAUCG